AUGUCUGAGGAAAAUAAUACAGGUGCUAGAAAAAAAGAGUAUGAUACAACAACAUCAGUUGAGUCUGAAGAAUCAGAACAGGGAAAAAGACAACGAACAACCUCCCUCGGUCAAGGUAAUUAUGGAACAUCUGGAGAAAUUCCUGCUUCGCCUCCAAAAUUUAUUUCUUUAGAAGAAUUGAUGAGAGCUGCUAAUGGUGUCACAAACAUGGUUUUAGCACAUGAAAUUGCUGUCAAUAAAGAUUUUAAAUUAGAAAAAUUUGAAGCACCUCAAAACAGUUUAGAGAAAAAAGUUGAAGAUGUUGUUCACAGAGCAUUUUGGGAUGUACUUAAAACAGAAUUAUCUGAGGAUCCUCCAAAUUAUACUCAAGCAAUGGUUUUGUUGGGUGAAAUUAAAAAUGGUCUAUUAGAGCUUUUACUACCCCAACACACAAAAAUCAGACAGCAAAUUUCUGAAGUUUUAGAUGUGGAAUUAAUAAAACAACAAGCCAAUGCAGGAACUUUAGAUUUUCAGCAAUAUGCUCAGUAUGUCAUAUCCGUCAUGGGAAAACUUUGUGCUCCUGUUAGAGAUGAAAAAAUUGCUAGCCUUACAAAAACGACAGAUGUUGUCGAAGUUUUCAAAGGGAUUUUGGAAACUAUAGAUUUAAUGAAAUUAGACAUGGCUAAUUUUACAAUAAAUGUUAUGAGACCUCAAAUUGUUGCCAACAGUAUUCAAUAUGAAAAAAAAAAAUUUGCUGAUUUUUUAAAAUUAGACCAAGAUUGUUUGAUAUUAACGAAAAAAUGGUUAAGAAAUCAUUUGAGUGCAGCCGAACAAUAUGCAGAAAAAUCUAAAAAAAUUACAGCCGUUAUUAAUAGUGCUUACUUGGAAUUGCUCGAAUGGAAUGAAACACAAGAAUUUCCAGAAACGGCCAUCAUGGAUAAAGGUCGCAUACUCGAUUUAAAAAAAGAACACGAAAAAUUAAUUUUAAUAGGAGCCGUUUUGCUUCUCGCUUUUGCACAAUCAGGACCGGAUCUAUGCUCCAUACAAGAUUUUAAAAAUAAAUUAAAAGAUGAUAUAUUAACCCUGUUAAACGCGGACAAUCAAGAACGCCACGAUUUAAAAGUCGUGCUAGAGGAAAUUUCGGAAAAAUUAAAACACGACAUUGUGAAAGCUGUCGAUCAGUACGACGUGGGAAGAAAUCAAAUAAACGUUGGAAAUUUAGCAUUAAAAUUGGGAGAAUUAACGGAUAAAAAUCACAAAAUUAAAUGUUUGCUACAUCAAAGAAUCAGAGAAUUUUUAUUGGAUACCGUAACAUCGCAAACGGCGGAACCUAUGAAAAUCCCUCCUGGAUUUUCAAGUUUGCAACAGGAAGUGACGCAAUUAGCAGGAAAUUUUCUUCGUUUAACUUCUCACAAUCGAGCCGUUUACGAAGAAUAUUACACGAAAAUAAUUGAAGAAUCUCUACCGUAA